AAAAUUUUCAAGUUAAUCUGCUUUUGCAUCUUGAUGGCCACACUUCGCCAAUAAUUUUUUUGACAUAUUAUCGAGUAUUAUUAAUGACAUCACUUAAAUUGUUGGUGGUCAAAUUUGUUUACCUUCCUCGCAGAUUCAUUAUUCUUAACUAUAAUAUAAUAUUCCUGAGUAAUAGUGAAGUAUUAAAAACCACUAAACAUGGAAAUUCAAAUGGAAAAACAUAAAAUUGAAAGUGCUGAUUUAAAGAAAUGUGGAGAAAUUACUACUCAUUUGUCAAUUGCAAAAGAAUUUUUCUUAAAUUGUAGCUUUUGCGACUACACUUUUCUUCAGUUAGGAGAUUUCAUUCAACACAUUUGUGAGGAUCAUCUGUGUCAUUUUAUGAACCCUAAAGUUCAGGAUGAAGAUGAUAAUUCCUUGCAAGAAGAUAUUGAACAAGAUAACAACUUUUCGACGACAGUUUCAAAUGAGGAAGAUAUGGACGAUUAUGAUGCACAGUUCUCGGCGACAGAUUCGAAUGAGGACAGCGAUGACAGUAAAACGAAUUUACAUGACUUUGAAAAAGUUGAAAUAGAGUUGGACGAUAACCAGGUGAAAAAAGAGUUGAACAUAACGGUUGGAUACGCCAGCGAAGAUGCUGAAGAUAGUAUCAGCGAAAGUGAAACAGAAAAAAAUUAUAUUGAUAAUGAAGAUGAUGUAGAGAACUCUGAAAUUGCGGUUCAUUUAAAGGAAAAUUAUACAUCUGAAAAAAAUAUUUAUAAAGGAUGUAAUACAGAAAAUUCUGAGAUUGCUGCUUAUAUAGAGGAACUUGGUUUAAAUGGAUCGUUUAAUAAAAAUAAGAUGCUCGCAAUAUUUGAAGGGUAUGAAAAGCGGCCUUUUCUGUGGGAUAACGAUUUGCAAUUACCCAGAGAUAAUAAGAAAAGAGAGAAGGAAAUUAAAAAUAUUGCUGAAGAAGUGGGUAUUCCAAGCGAAUGGGAGUCAAUUCGUAAAAUGAUUGCAAAAUUAAGCAGUAAGCUUCGGACUGAAUUGGUACGGAAAAAAAUUUAUCUUUCUAAAGGCAAAAUAUAUACACCUGUUUGGUAUAACGAUCUUACUAUGUUUUUAAAGCCAAAACGAAAAAAAGUUGAGGUAAAACCAAAACCGUUACUGAGGAAAUUCACAACUCCAGAAACCAUUUUAAAUGAUGAACAAGCUAUAGUUUUAGCUAAAAUUUAUAACAGUCUGUCCACUCUUUGGGAUGAAACAGAAAUUACAUACAGAUUUAGUAAUAGAAGGCGAGAAGCUUUACAAAUGCUACUUAAAGAUUUUAAUAAGCAAACUGGAUUAAACCUCACAAAAUAUGAUAUGGAAUGCGAAAUUUCAAGACUUCGAAAGCUUGCUUCUAAUGAGAAAAGACAAAAAUUUGUGUGUAAACGACAAAAUAAGAUUUUUAAGCCCUCGUGCACAUUUUACAGUCACAUCGCAUUUCUUGAGACUGACGUUUCGCCUUACGAAUGUCCAAUAUGUGAAAAGUUAUUUAGUGGCACACAACAAUACAAGGUGCAUUUGGCAUCACAUGAUGGUUCGUUGCCAUUUAAGUGUCACAUUUGUGGGCAUGGUUUUAAGUUGAUGACCAAUUUAACGGUACAUUUACGUAGGCAUGCUCAUGACUACUUGUAUAAGUGUGAAGUGUGCGACAAACCCUGUGCAACAACAACCGAAUUGAGGACUCACAUGCGAUGUCAUACUGGGGAAAAACCAUAUGUUUGUGAAAUUUGUGGCAAAAAAUAUCGAUCAUUAGCAGAAUUGAGGCCGCAUAAAUUACGCCACGAUAAAAAACCUCGCUGUCAAUGUGAAAUUUGUAAUAAAACAUUCUAUAUGAGAUCUUUGUUGACAAAACACAUGCGUGUGCAUUCCGCAGUGCGAGACAAAUUAUGCAGUAUAUGUAAAAAAGGAUUUACCAGUAAUAAACAUCUACGUCAACACAUGCUAAUCCAUUCUUCCGAAAAGAAAUAUGCAUGUAAUAUAUGUGGUAAACGUUUUGCACAGUAUGCUGGACUUAGCGGCCAUGUGAAGUCACAUGGUACGACAUUAAUUGAGAUUAGUUCUAAAAGUGUUGAUUUAGUACAAGAAGAUCAGGAAGUCAAGUGCAAAACUGAGCUUAGCGCAAUUGUUCUUCCUGCAACAACAACAGCUCAAAAAAUGUCAAUGCCCGGAAGUCUUUUAAAUGAUGUUCAAAGCGUUCUCUUAGCGGAAAUAUAUGUAUAUAAACAGUAUUCUUGUCUUUGGGAUGAAACAGAUAUAGCAUACAGAUUCGGCAAUAGACGACGAGAAGCUGUAAAAGCUGUUCACGAUAAAUUUAAUAAAAAAACAAGUUUAAGUCUGACACGUUACGAUAUCGGAUGUGAAAUUGGACGACUUCGAAAAAUAUGCUCUCAUGAAAAAAGACUAAAAAUAUUAUGCAAACAACAAAAUAAGAACUAUAGGCCAAGUUGCAAAUUUUAUGAACACAUUUCAUAUCUCGAAGUAGAUGUUACUCCCUAUGAAUGUUCGAUAUGUGGGAAAAUAAGUGCGGGCGUAUGUCAGUACAAAGUGCAUGUUGCAUCUCAUGAUGGUUCACUUCCAUUUAAAUGCCAUGUGUGUGGUCAUGGUUUUAAGUUGACCACAAAUUUAUCGGUACAUUUACGAAGGCAUGUACACGACUACUUAUAUAAAUGUGAGGUAUGCAGCAAGCCGUGCGCAACGACCACAGAAAUAAAAAUCCAUAUGCGCUCACACACCGGUGAAAAGCCAUACGUUUGCGAUGUCUGCGGUAAAAAUUUUCGUACUUCGUCAAAAAUUAAUAUGCACAUGCGAAAGCAUGAGAAUAAGCCUACCCACAGGUGUGAAAUAUGCAAUAAGGGUUUCUAUAGUAAAGGUUUUUAUAGAGAACACAUGAAAGUGCACCAAAAUGUGCGAGAUAAAAUUUGCAAUAUUUGUAAUAAAGGUUUUACAAGUACCAAGCAUCUGCGACAACACAAACAGAUCCAUGCUAUAGAAAAGAAAUAUGCCUGCAAGAUCUGUGAUAAACGAUUUGCUCAAUAUGCCGGUUUGAGUGCUCAUAUGAAGUCACAUGGUACCAAGAAUGAUAUAAACAAGAUUGCCAACUUGGCAUGUCUCAUACCGCGUGUUUGCCGCCAAUGCUCCUCCCUGCCCACUCCUUCUUCCUUGCGAAGUAGCUCCUUUAUGGCAAACGAUGACAAAAGCUGUAUAUUAAAUGGAUUUGAGAGAGUUGAAAUAGAACUGGAUACAGGAAUGGAUACUGCGUUACAUAUGAAAGAAGAAGUUAUUUCAAGCGAAUUUAUAAGUGAAGACAACGGGAUUAACAAUCUCAAUAGUCCCGAGAAGAUAGUUGAUUAUAAUUCUAAAGAUUUAACUGAUUCAAAAAUAGUAAGAGACGUCAAAGGUGUGGAUGAAAAAGAGUUCACUCUUGAGCUAAUAGAUUUGUACCGAAAUUUACCAUCACUAUGGAACAAUAAACAUAAACAUUAUAUGAACAAAAACAAAAGACGAGAAGAUUUUGAUAUUUUAUUAAAUAAGUAUAGAGAAAAAUAUCCCGAUGCCAAUAGAACAGUUGUUAUAAAAAAAAUUAAAAAUCUCCGAUCAGCAUAUCGUCGCGAAUUAAAAAGAUGUCCUCCAAAUGUAAUAUCCCGUCUGUACUAUUUUGAAUCCAUGGAUUUUUUGAAGAACAACUAUUUAGCUGAAAAAAAGAUAUCGUUUAAAGUCUACGAUAAUGUAAAAACUGAGAUGGAUGCUGAUUUCGCCAAUAACUCUAAUAUUUCUACCUCAGAGACCAAUGAAACCCAGUAUAAAAAUACUCUUAAAGAAUAUGAAGACGACUUUAACUCUGAGAAAAAAUUCGUUAUUGAGCUUAUUGAAUUGUACCACACUUUACCGGCGUUGUGGGAUAGGAAAUGUAUUCAAUACAACGAUCGUGAAUCCAAAGCAAUACAAUACAAUAUUUUGCUAGAAAAAUAUAAGGAAAGAUAUCCAGAUGCUAACAAAAAAGACGUUAAAAGGAAAAUGAGUUGUCUACGAACAAAUGUGCAACGAGAAUUUAAGCGUCCUUUUAGAACAAAUUUAUACUAUUUUGAUGCAUUGCAAUUUAUUUGCAACACUGAAGUCCAAAGCGAAAAUCAGAACUUAUUGAAUGAUCUUGACGAUUCAAGUGAUAUUUCCAUGGAUGGAGAUAACGAAGAACGUACAGAUGAAAUAAGAGAAAUUGACAGUGAUACAGAGUACACCGAAAUUUCAAAAGUAAAACAAAGUGAAACUGAGCAUGAUAUGGAUAAUGAACAGAAUGAAAAGCUUACGACUGAAAGAAAAUUCAUUAUUGAAUUUUUAAAUUUGUAUCGUACUUUACCCGCUCUUUGGGAUUUUAACAAUGCGUCUUAUCAAAAUCGAGCAAUUAAAAAUGAGCAAUACGAAAUUAUGCUUACAAAAUACAGAGAAAUAAUGCCUAAUGCCAAUAUAUUUGACGUUAAGAAAAAGAUUGCUACUCUGCGUUCGAAUUUCCAUCGAGAGGUAAAACGAUUGAGCACAUCUAAAUUGAAAAAGCCUGCUCUGUUUUACUAUGAUGCCAUAAGUUUUAUACGAAAAAAUGAAUCUGAGUGUGAUGGACAAGAUAGAAUGGAUGGUUUAAAUGAAGAUGGGGAUAUCUCUAUGGAAGGCAACAACAUUGAAUCAACGAAAGAAAUUAAUGUGAACGAAAAUAUAUCUCAAUGUACUGCACUUACCGAGGAACACCAAUUUAUUAUUGAGUUCAUUAAUUUGUACCGUUCUUUACCGGCUCUGUGGGAUAUGAACAUCAAAUCAUAUUAUGACCGAAAUAUAAGAAACAGAUAUUAUGAAGUAAUGCUUGCAAAAUACAGAGAAAUAAUGCCCAAUGCCAAUAUGUUGGAUGCUAAGAAAAAAAUCGCUACUCUGCGUUCGAAUUUUCAGCGGGAAGCGAAACGGUUACGCGAGUCCAAAAUGGAAGAACCCUCUUUAUAUUACUAUGAUGCAAUGAGUUUUCUACGUAACAAUUAUUCCGAUUGUGAAAAGGAAAUGGAGCAAAUCCUGGAAGAAAACGGAGAUUAUGAUUCUUUGGAUGAAAUUGACGACUCCGAAGAUGAUUCAUUUGUAGAACAGACAGACUUCUUACUAUAUACCGAGGAAGAUACACAAGAUCCAAUUGAAAGGAAAUUCACUUUAGAAUUAAUCGAAGUAUAUCACUCUCUCCGCGCAUUGUGGAAAAGGAAGAAUAAACAUUUUUUUAAUAGAGAAUUUAGAAAGACACAGUAUGAAAUUUUGCUAACAAAGUACAGAGAAAUGUAUCCCAAUGCUGAACUGAAGGACAUAAGGAGCAAAAUAUACAGUCUCCGAACAAACUUUUUCACGGAAUUGAAACGUGUUGGCGCAAAAGGAACAUCUAACCGAUACUAUUUUGAUGCAUUGAGCUUUCUACGCACUAACAAUAAACCAGCAGAGAAUUUAGAAAAAGUUAAGGUGCAACGAAAACGGAGUACAAUUAAAUUCACCCCACCAAAAGACACUUUAAAUGUUGCACAAUGCGUGAUGCUGGCAGAUAUGUAUAAAGGAUUCCCAUGUCUUUGGGAUGAAACAAAUAUAUCAUUUAGAUUCAAUAAUAGGCGACAAGAAGCAUUAACUGCUCUUCAAGAAGAAUUUAAUAAACAAUCUGGAAAAAAUCUAACACAAGAUGAAUUGAAAAACGAAAUCGCACGACUGCGCAAAAUAUGUACUAAAGAAAAGAAGCAAAAAUUAUUUCGUCAACGAGAAGGUUUGAUUUAUGAACCAACAUGUGAAUAUUAUGACCACAUUACAUUUCUAGAGGUCCACGUACAACCUUUUAUAUGUACGAUAUGCCAAAAAUUAGAUUUCAGUUUAGAUCAACAUAAAAUACAUUUGGCAUCACAUGAUGGUUCUUCACCAUUCAAAUGUCCUCUAUGUGGACGUGGGUUUCAGGCGGCAACUAAUUUUACUACUCAUUUACGGAGACAUGUACAAGAUUACAUUUAUAAAUGUGAGAUUUGCAAUAAGGCACUCGCAACAACUACAGAUUUGAAAACACAUAUGCGUGUUCAUACCGGCGAAAAGCCAUUUAUUUGUGAGAUUUGUGGCAAAAGUUAUCGAUCCUUAUCACAAUUUAAUUCACAUAUGCAUUGUCACGACGAUAAACCGCAAUAUAAGUGUGAUCUUUGCGAUAAAUCGUUCUAUAAAAAAAUUACCCGAAAAGAACAUAUAAGCUGUGUUCAUCACAAAGUGCGUGAUAAAAUCUGCCCAAUAUGCAAUAAAGCAUUCAAAAGCACAAAACACUUACGUCAACACAAAGAAAUACACGCUGUCGAAAAAAAAUAUGUGUGUAAGAUUUGUGACAAACGCUUUGCACAAUAUGCUGGACUUAAUGGACAUGUGAAGACACAUGGCACAACACUCACUGAAAUGUCCUGUAAAAGCACUGAUAUGCAUAAAAAGUUUUUUUAUAAUUUUAAAUAUUCUGUUUAUUUGGAUGAAAAACACAUGAUGGCGUUGGGUUUUGAAAAACAAAUAAUAGAAUGUAGUAAAUUAAAGAAAUGUGGAGAAAUAACUACAAUGCUGUCAGUGGGAAAGAAAGAAUUUUUCUUGAACUGCGAAUUUUGUGAUUAUUCCUUUUUGCAAUUGGAGAAUUUUAUGCAACACAUGUGCGAAGACCACUUAGUCGAAAUAAAUCAAGCAAAGGUAGAGGAAGUAGAAAAUGAAAUUGAUCAAUAUGAUGAAGAAAUAGAAGACUUGGAAGAAUGUCUAAAUUCGGUAAAAAAUUUAGAGGAGGAGGAUGAUGAUGAUUUUAAUAUGAGAGACUUUGAAAGAGUCGAAAUUGAACUGGAUACAAGUGACAUUAAGCGUCCUGUUGUCAUUAAAGAGGAAUUAACCCCAAAAGAUUUCGUUGACGAAGACAGUACGGAAAAUGAUAACUUUGAAAUUAAUGAAAGCCAUGAAUUGGCAGAGCAUAAAUACAAAUCUAGCAGCGAUUUUGACUACGAAGAAUCUUAUAAUUUAGAAGAAAGUGAUACUAAGCCGCCUGAAAACAGUCCAAAAACAAAAUCUAGUAACUGUGACGCAAAACGAAGAUUUAUUAUAGAACUUAUAGAAGUAUAUCAUUCAUGCAGGGCACUGUGGGAUUCGAAGUGCGACUCUUAUACCGAUAGAUUGGUACGCAACCAACAAUAUGAUAUCUUACUUGAAAAAUAUAAAGAAAAGUAUCCAAAUGCUACAAAAGAUGACGUCAGGCAAAAGAUUUUUAGAUUGCGUACAACUUUUCGACGAGAAUCCAAACGGAUAUCGGCAUUUGAGAAGUCAACUCUUUACUAUUUUGAUGCAAUGACAUUUUUGUUGGACAACGAUAAGCGUGAGGAGUAUAUCGAAAGAAGAAAUUUGGAAAGAUCAGAGUAUAAUUGUAAACAAUUCAUAAAGAAACCCCCACCUCUAGAAAGCCUUUUGAAUGACGACCAAUUUAUUACGCUUGCUAAAAUAUACCAGAGAUAUCCAAGCCUUUGGGAUGAAAAUGAUAUAGCGUAUCGAUUCAGUAACCGACGUCGGGAAGCUUCAAAAUCUGUUUAUGAAGAAUUUAAGAGUGAAACCGGUUUAAAUUUAGAGAAGCAGGAAUUGGAAAGAGAAAUCCUACGGUUACGAAAAGCUUGCUCCAUUGAAAAGAAAGAAAAAAUAUUGUGCAAACAAAAAAAUAUCGAGUAUAAGCCUAUAUGUCCUUAUUACGAACACAUUACAUUCCUGGAAGUUGAUGUAAAUCCAUAUGUAUGUACAAUAUGUGAAAAAGUAGUUUCUGGUUCUGGCCUGUAUAAAGUACAUUUAGCAUCUCAUGAUGGUUCGCUUCCAUUUAAAUGCCAUAUUUGCGGACAUGGAUUUAAAUUAGCAACAAAUUUAACUGUACAUUUACGAAGGCAUGUGCAUGACUACACUUAUAGUUGUCAAAUUUGUAAUAAGCCCUGUGCAACCACAACAGAGUUAAAGGUUCAUAUGCGUUUUCAUACAGGAGAAAAACCCUAUGUUUGUGACAUAUGUGGAAAUAAAUUCCAAACAGCAUCAAAAUUUAAUACACAUAUGCGGCGUCAUGAAAAUCGACCACGUCAUAGAUGUGAAGUAUGCGGAAAAGGUUUCUACACCAAAGGACUAUAUAAAGAGCACAUGAGCGUUCACCGAUCUACAAGAGACCAAAUAUGCGAUAUAUGCAACAAAGGAUUCAAAAGCCCCAUGCAGUUAAAACAACAUAAACGUAUACAUGACGCCUUCAAAAAAUAUGGAUGCAAAAUUUGUGGGAAACGUUUUGCCCAGUACGCUGGUCUAAGUGGUCAUAUGAAGUCACAUGGCACAAAGUUAUCCGCGAAAAAAACACCCGAAGAAUUAAAUGAAUUUUCAGAAGUUUUCUUUGGUGAAAAUUCAGGCAGUACGAAGAGUCAAGAUACAUAUGGAAUCAAUGAUGUAUAAUUGUAAAGGUUAUUAAUUUAUUUUCAUAAUGUGCAUAAGUAUGUAAUUGGUAAUAAGGAGUAAUUUUUUUCUAUGAGCUUAAUUCAAGCAUAAAAUAAAAAUAUUGUUUCAAAGCUUA